AUGCGUUUGACUGAUACAGAGCGUAUUCAUGUUCUUAUAAUGCGAGGAUGUGGUGAUAAAAUGAGAUCCUAUGAAGAAGUUGCCACGCUGUUUAAUAACACAUUUCCAAAUCGUGAUCCUAUUUCAAAAUCUUCUGUCCAUCGUACUGUUUUACGAUUUCAGAGAAGUGGUUCAGUUAUUGACGAACGAAGAUCGGGUAGACCAAAAACAGCUACUAACGAUGACGUGUCUAUGCAGGUUCUCCAAAAUAUUAUUGAAAACCUGCACAAUCCUCCUUCGAGAAUAGCUCAGGAAUAUGAUAUCGAUCGAAAAUCCGUUACAAAAGUUUUAAAGUCACACGGUUACCACCCGUUUAAAAUACGACUCGUCCAAGAACUCUCUGAAGAUGACUAUGACAGAAGAGUAGAGUUUUACGAUGAAAUGAUGAAGAGAUAUGACGAUAACAAUCAAUUCUUCAGUUGGAUUUGUUUUUCUGACGAAGCUACUUUUGAACAGAGCGGAUCUGUCAAUCGUCAGAACAUGCGAUAUUGGGCGGAUGUUAAUCCUCAUUGGAUGAGAGAUUCGCAUACUCAACACCCACAAAAACUGAAUGUUUGGGCAGGAAUUAUUAGAUAA